GUAGUUUAGCAGUUGGCAUUUCCAUAUUCCACUUUUCUCUUCUUUUCGUUUUUAUGUUUUCUCUGAUUUUUCAUUUUUCUUUUCCUCUCCCACCAUUAAUAUGAAGAAGGGAUAAUAAAAGGAAAGAAUCGCUGACUUCAUAUACACUCACCGCGUUUGCAGCGUCUUUUCUCUCUUUCCCCAUCGUCUCUGUUCUUCCGCCAUUAAUUCUGUUAAAGAAACAGCAAAAAAAAAAAAAAAAAGUUUUGGAUUUCUGGGAUUUCUUGGAUUUCCUCGAUUGGGUCGUGUUCUUUCUCGCCGGAAAAUUCCUGGGUAUUGGAUUUCUGAACCCAUGUGGCUAACUCGAACCAAAUCAAAGACCGGGAUUCAUCGAACCACCUCCGCCAAUUUCUCCUGUUCUUCCUUCAAAGAUAUUCAGACCCUCUGCGCCGACGAGCCCGUAUCGGAUAAUCAGACCCCGACCCAGACCCAGACCAAGAAAUCUACUAAUAUCUUCCAUCGGGUCCGCCGAGCAAACUCCGUUCUCCGCGUUUUCUCGGGGUCCGAUUCUCAGCCCAAGCCGCAACCCGGACCCGGACCCGAACCCGAACCGAAACCGCAAUCUUUGCCGGUACAGGUACAGAAGUAUGUCGCCGAUAAACCGGAGCCGUCGAUCUCUCUCCCGGGAUCUGAGAAUCGAAUAGUGGUGUACCUGACGAGCCUGCGCGUGGUGCGCCGGACGUUCGAGGACUGCAAGGACGUCCAGGCCAUCCUGCGGAGCUUCCGGGUGUCGAUCGACGAGCGGGAUCUGUCGAUGGACUGUAGGUUCAUGGACGAGCUACGGGCGAUCAUGGGCGUCCGGGAAAAGCGGAAACUGACAUUGCCGCGGGUUUUCAUCGGCGGGAGGUACAUUGGCGGCGCGGAAGAGAUCAGGCAGAUGCACGAGGCCGGCGAGCUGAAGCCGUACGUGGAAGGGCUACCGCCGGCGAAGCCCGGCAUUUGCGAGGUCUGCGGCGGUCACAGAUUCAUCCUCUGCACCGACUGCGACGGCAGCCGGAAAUACUACAGCGAAAAAAGCGGCUUCCGGGUCUGCAAGACGUGCAACGAGAAUGGCCUCAUCAGGUGCUCUACUUGCUCCGUUGAGCCCGCGCCCCCCCUUUGAACCGUUUUAGAUUCUUAGCGAAUUUCUAUCCAUGGCGACUAUAAUUAGAAGAAGACGAGGACUCCAUGAAUUAGAAGAUGAAGAAAAUUUUUACACUUUGUUUUUUUUUUUUUUUUUUCCUUUCUUUUUUCCUAUAUGACAGCUUUGUAACUCCCAAAAAUGCUAUCUUUUUUGGUUCCACUGAGUGAGUGAUCUUUCAUUGGCAGGGAGAAAAUGGCAGUUCUGAGUUAGAUGCAAAUGCAAGAAACUCUGUGCCACUCUUAUUUUUUCUUGAAGUUUAACAUAGCUGUGUAAAUUAGUGAAUGAAAUCCUGAGAAAGUAGGAGAAUAGCACUCUGGGUUUUUGCUUCUGGUGGUCAAUGGUCAUCAAUGAAAUUAAUUGCCAAGAAAG